UCAGUUAAUUCGGCAGUGAGCGUCCUACGAUUAAGACGUUUUGUAUGUUCGCGUCGCAACUGCAGCGCGUCGCGUCUUUGUCCAAUUUAUUCUCGUCGCCGCCCUCUCGCUUCUUCAUGUGUGCGUUUUGUGUUGUGUACGGCGAUUUUAUUUAUUGAAAAAAAAAUUUUGCUUAAAUUGAAUGCAAUGUAAUGAUGAAGAGCGCUAAUCGAAAAGAAUCCUCAUCAUCAUCAUCAUGAUGUUUGGCCGGGCAACGAAUGAGACGACGACGAUAGCUUAGUUCUAUAUUUAAAUACACCCGAAAACAACAGACGCUUCGAUUGGCCGCCAAAAGCAAAUCAGCCACCGCCCGCCCAUCCCUCUUCCCACUUCCACUUCACAGCCCCACACCAAGUGGUCGGCGCCAUGCAACAUUCUCUUCUUCUGCCGCUGCUGCUGCUGCUUCAACUGACCAUUCUUGUUGCGGCAGUUAAUUCGCACAAUUGCCAGCAUCAGCAUCCCAAAGCGCAUGAGGUUGUGCACGGCGUGCGCCUUCAGCUGGCCAAUGAUGAUGAUGAGGUGGCUGUCGAUGAUUGGGAAGAUCCCGCGGCGCAUAAUGUGAGGCGACGUCGCAGCAUUGUGGCUGAUCAGCCGCUGCGCAUUCUGCUCGUCUACGAUGAAUCCGUUUACAGACUGGAGGAAGAGAAAUUCAAUUUAAUAAAUGACACUGUGCUACCGGAGGCGGUACAAUUCUGGGAACAGGCGUUGAUGGUGCGCGAAACGAAGGGCGUGAUUCGAUUGAAUCGAAAAUGCGACAGCACUCAGGUUUAUGUGAAGAAUGGCAACACUCACUGCAUUGAUCACUGCAAGUCGACGACGAUGUGCGGAGAGGUGCAGGUGCCCAACGAGCAUCUGGAUGUGUGUCGAGUGUGCAACAGCACAGGACAAAACUGUCGCAUUGACACCAACACGCAACCUGGCGAAGGCAUUGAGAAUGCUGACUUUGUGUUCUAUGUGUCAGCGAGACAGACGCAACGCUGCUACAAAGGACUCACAGUUGCGUAUGCGGCACAUUGUCAGCAGGAGGCGCUGUUGGAUCGCCCCAUUGCAGGGCAUGCGAAUCUGUGUCCCGAGAGCAUCAGCACCAAGCCACAAGAACUGCAAACGCUGAUAUCCACGGUGAAGCAUGAGAUUCUGCAUGCACUUGGCUUUUCAGUCAGUUUGUACGCCUUCUUUCGGGACGACGAGGGACGCCCACGCACGCCACGUAAACCGGACACAGGCAAGCCAUACCUAAAUGAAAAAUUGCAGAUACAUCAGUGGAGCAACACAACCAUCCGCAAGGUGGAGCGUCACAAUUGGGCAGUGCGUAGUGGGCACGUUAAGAAGGUGGUGGACAUGCUGGUGACGCCACGGGUUGUGAAGGAGGUGCGUGAACAUUUUAACUGCGAUAUACUCGAGGGUGCCGAGCUGGAGGAUCAGGGUGGCGAAGGCACAGCGCUUACCCACUGGGAGAAGCGCAUACUGGAGAAUGAGGCGAUGACGGGAACGCAUACACAGUCGCCUGUCUUUUCACGCAUCACCCUGGCUCUGAUGGAGGAUUCGGGUUGGUAUCGUGCCAACUAUUCGAUGGCCACGCCGCUGACUUGGGGCAAGAACUUGGGCUGCGUUUUUGCGAUGCGCAGCUGCAAGGAUUGGAUACAAAUGAAUCAUGAUAGGGGUCAUUCUAUACAUCCUUUCUGCUCGAAGGUGAAGCAGGAUCCAUUGCAAACCGAGUGCACAGAUGAUCGCAAUUCGGUUGCGUUGUGUAAUCUAAUUAAGCAUGACUUUGAGCUGCCCAAAAUCUAUCAGAACUUUGACAGUCUCAACAACAUCAAGAGCGGCGAGGAGGGAUUCUAUGGUGGCUCUGUUUCGUUAGCGGAUCAUUGUCCUUACAUACAGGAGUUCACGUGGCGUAGCAAAAACGUUAUUGUGCGCGGCUCGCAUUGUCGCUUUGUGGAGAAUAAUCCAAAACCCGAGAAGAACUUCGCCUUGGAGAGCUAUGGCCAGGGCUCCAAGUGCUUCGAUCACAGCGAGUCCAUGUGGGAGGAACGCUCUUGCCACCAGACACGCGAGUGGCAGCAUUGGGGCAGCGGUUGCUACAAAUACAACUGCUUCGAUGGACGCCUGCACAUUCUGGUCGGCAACUACAGCUACAAGUGCUCGUUUCCCGGCCAGAAGCUGUCCAUACGCAUAGCUGCCAACGGUUGGUUGCACAAGGGCGCCAUUAUGUGUCCGCCAUGCCAUGAAUUGUGCGGCGCCUAUUUUGCCGCCGAGGGCAAACAAUGCCGACCCGGUGAGGAGCCCGAUCCGCUCAAUAAAUAUCCACGCGAUGAUCUUGCGUGUGGCGCUGAUGCACAGCGUCAUUCUAUGGCCAUAAUCAGCACUGCGCUGCUGUUAGCUUUGCUGUGGUUUGCAAGGCCCAGCUGCAGCUGCAGUUACUCAUAAAUGUUCUCUAUGUUUUUUAGUGAAAUUUGUAAAUUGUAUUUGUACAAUAUAUGCUCAAUUUGCCUAUCUAUAAGACCACAUCUAAUUGUAAUGAUCCACAAUUUUAACGUUAUAUACUUAGAUAUAUUUGUAUUUGUAACUCGUAUUCGUAUUGUAUCCCGAUAUGUGAUCUUUACUAAGGAUAUUUUUGUGAAACGUCGAAUGAUAUCUAUUGCGACAUUUAAGCAUAGCUUUUAAGUUAUAUUUCGUAUAAUGAUCUAUACAUUCCAAAGUAUUUGCUACAUUUCUUUUUGCUGAUGAAGCGGAUAAUCACAAUCUGAGAUAUUAUCAGGUAAUACUGAAAAUCCGUGAAAUAUUCGGAUUGUGGCUAUUUCCAAAAACAAAAAAAAAACAAACAAA